AGUUUUAAACCAAAAAUGUUAUUAACAAUUAAAUGCGCUCAGAAUGUGAUUAAGCCAGAGUUUCAGAAAGUGGCCAAUCUGCUUGGCAAUCGCCUUAAAUCUGGUUUAUCCCACAGCAUUGCAACAACAGCAGCGAGUGGCAGCAAGUGGGUGAAGGCGGGGGAGCGGGCUGAAAAGGGAAGUUCAAGUGCCGACCGAAAACUGAGCUUUAUUUUUUCGCGCAGCGUUUCGCAAAUCUCAGUUCUGUAUUCGCCAGCAGCGAGAAAAGUAGCAACUGGUGGCAGCUCAAACAGCUCAAAUUUCCGGCGAUUCUACGGCACCGAACACACUCAGGCCCCAGCAAGCACAUCGAAAAAACGCAAAAUGGUGGUGCGACUAAACGAACAGGAGCGUGCUGAGAAACUGCAGCCCCUUCUUGAAGCCGGCUGGACUUUGGUGGAGGGCCGCGAUGCCAUCUUCAAGCAGUUCAUCCUGAAGGACUUCAACCAAGCCUUCAGCUUCAUGACGGGAGUGGCCCUGCUGGCUGAGAAGAUCAACCAUCAUCCCGAGUGGUUUAACUGCUACAAUAAGGUGGACGUCACUCUGUCCACCCACGAUGUUGGAGGUCUCAGUUCGCAGGACAUUCGCAUGGCCAAUCACCUGGAGACCACGGCCAAUUUGUUGAAAUAAACGCAUUGUUAUACUAGUUGCUAGUUUUGUCUAUAAUCUCUGGAGUCCAAUAAACACUCAGCUCAGCAUGGA